AUGUUCCGCAAAGAUGCCUCCUCCCCUGUCCUUAAGCCAAGCCCAGCAGACAGUGAUUCAGAAACUCCACAGGAAGAGGAAACUGAGGACAGUCAGGAUAACCUCUCCACCAAAGAACUGUCUGCCAGCAGUAACAGCCUCUCUGACAAUAAUACUACUAAGGAGAAAGGGGGUGUCUUCAGUGGGAUUUUCAAAAAACAGAAAACGUCAGCCGACGGAACACCUGCUGAGGACAGUCUAUCUGCGCACAGUGAACUCUCAGCCAGCAAUGACAGUCUCACUGAGAGUGAUAACAUCAAGGGCAAAGGUGGCAUGUUUAGUGGAAUGUUCAAGAAAACUCCAAAAGUCAAAGACAAUGCCUCUGCUGAGGAGGACAAAAUGUCACUAAAUAGUGACCUCACAGCCAGCAACGACAGUCUUUGUGACAACAGUAACACCAAGGAAAAAGGAGGCGUACUGAGUGGCUUUUUAAAGAAGUUUCCUAAAUCCACCGAGAACACUGCUGCUGAUGAGGAUAAUCUUUCCACACGCCGUGAUAUCUCCGGCAGCAACGACAAUCUCGCUGAUGGCAAUAACACAAGGGAGAAACCAGAUGGAAUGCUGAGUGGAAUCUUCCGGCGUUCUCCUAAACCUGCUGUACGCUUUACUACUGAUACGCACCCUCUCACCGAACACGGCGAAAUCUCAGGCAGCAAUGACAGCCUGUCUGAAAUUGACAGCACAAAGGACAAUCGUUCUGUACACAAGGGGCUCUCAGCCAGCUGUGAUAGUCUCUCUGAGAACAAUGCUGCCAAGGAGGCCAUAGUUGAGGAGCCAGUGGAGAUGCAGGAAUUGCCCCCCCUGCAGGAGAAUACAGUAGAAGUUGAGCAAGUGGAGAUGGCAGCAUUCCCUACUGAAGGCAACCCUCUGGAAAUGGAGGACGAUGAAGGACUGAUGGAGUGGUGGAGACAAGUUGAGGGCUGGAAUGAAUGGAAUGAAACAACGCAUUUUAAUGAGGAUGAAGAGGAGGAGGCUUUGGAGGCGGCAUCAGACCGUGUGUUUAUGGCGGCCCGUCUCUUCGUGAGCUUGUUUAAUCAACGCGGCGCUUCACUGCAGCAGCGUAUUCUGGAGCUCCUAGCAGUGGCUGAUGGCGUGGAUAACUUCCAUAAGAAGACUGUGUCAGCAGCUGUCGGGGGAGGGGUGGCCAGUGUGGUCGGCAGUGUUGCCACCAUAACGGGUCUCAUCCUGGCACCUUUUACAUUUGGCACCUCCAUCAUUGUAACUGCAGUGGGUAUUGGUGUUGCGACAGCCGGCAGCAUCUCCUCAGCUACAGCCAACAUCACAGACACGGUCCACGCUAAAAUGGACCGCAAGAAGGUGGAGAAGAUGAUCCAGGGGUAUCAGGAGGAGAUCAAGGACAUUAGAGAAUGCUUGGAGUUUGUACAGGAAGGGAUAGACACUCUGCAGGAGUGGAACUUUGAGAAGUACUCUGAGAGUGUGGCCAAGAAGCAUCUGAGCCAUAACAUCAAACACGUGAUGAAGGAGGGUGGACGUGCAGGCAAAGCACUCAUGAUCAACACAGACAAGCUCAUUAGCACCGUGCAGGUCCUCAGCGUGGCUGGUGGGGCUGCCAAAGCUGCACAGGCCAUCAGUGUCACCACAGGUGUCAUGUCUGCGCUUUUCCUCGCCCUUGACGUUUUCUUCCUUGCUAAAGACUCUCACGAGUUGCGAAAGGGUGCUAAGACUCAGUUUGCUUCCAAGAUCCGUGACGUGUGCAAAGAACUGCAAGAUGGCCUCCUGGAACUGAACAAGGUGAAAACUCAGCUGCAGAAGACCAUGGAUGGCAUCGAACUAGAGGAGUAUGAAGAGGAGGCAGAGGUAGAGGAGGAGGUGGAAGAUGAUGAGGAUGAUUUGGUGUCAGAUCCUGUCAAACUGGCUCAACUUGAACAGGAGCUCGAUGAGCUGGAGGAAAAACUCGACAAGGAGACUCGCCCAGAGCAGAAACCCGUGAAAAACAAGAGUGGAGAGUCUGAGAGAAGUGGCAAGAUUAGCACUUCUUGCUUCUUUGCCUCGUCGCGCUCCGCCAACACGUCAUCAAACGCUACAGAUCUUUCCUUUGAACUCAGUGGAAAUUCAACAGGCUACAUUGCCCUCGGACUAGCUGCUAGCCAGUCCAUGCCGGCAAGCAUAGUCUUUGUCUGUGGUAACGACAACACCAGUUUCUUCUUCCGUACGGCCAGUAACUCCAAUGCCACAGCAGGACUUGAAGUAACUAAUUCGCCAAAUGUGGACUCAAUUCAAAACUUAAUCAAUGGAAGCUUAAUCCAGUGCACUUUCACUGCUCGUAACCUCAGCAGCACAAGUUUCUCCCUCACCCUCUUUGAGGGCACUACCAAUGCUGUUAUUGCCCUGUUCAGUAUCCUGACUCUCCGCAUGCUCUGCUGA